CCAUGCAGAAAGAUUAAGACUCAGCACCUCUUUGAUAUAAAACAAGUUCAUGCUCAGUAGAGUAUUUGUGAGAAAAGUGAAUCCCAGUACACACAGGAUACCAUGGCUGAGCACGGGGCUCAUAUCACAACUGCUGCGGUGGCGGACGACCAUCCAUCCAUCUUUGAGGUGGUAGCACAGGACAGUUUAAUGACAGCAGUGAGACCCGCUCUUCAGCAUGUGGUCAAGGUUCUUGCAGAAUCAAAUCCUGCACACUUCGGCUUCUUUUGGAGGUGGUUUGAUGAGAUCUUCACUCUGCUAGACUUUCUGCUCCAGCAGCAUUAUCUUUCUAGAACCAGUGCCUCAUUCUCUGAACAUUUUUAUGGCUUAAAGCGGAUUGUAGCAGGGAGCUCGCAGCAGCUUCAGAGGCCAGCCAGUGCUGGUCUUCCCAAGGAGCACCUUUGGAAAUCCACCAUGUUCCUCGUUCUUCUUCCCUAUCUGAAAGUGAAGCUGGAGAAGCUGGCUUCUAGCUUGAGAGAAGAGGACGAAUACUCUAUUCACCCUCCUUCUUCGCACUGGAAACGAUUCUACAGAGCCUUCCUGGCGGCCUACCCGUUUGUUAAUAUGGCCUGGGAAGGCUGGUUUCUUACACAACAACUUCGAUACAUUCUAGGAAAAGCUGAGCACCACUCUCCCCUGCUGAAACUGGCUGGAGUGCGGCUGGGUCGACUGACAGCUCAGGACAUACAAGCUAUAGAGCAUAGACUGUCUGAAGCCAGUGCCAUGAAGGACCCCGUCAGAAGCGGCAUUGGUGAGAAGAUAAAGUCAGCUCUGAAGAAAGCUGUGGGAGGUGUCGCCUUAUCCCUCUCCACUGGCCUUUCCGUGGGUGUAUUCUUCCUGCAGUUCCUCGACUGGUGGUACUCUUCGGAGAACCAAGAAACCAUCAAAUCACUGACUGCUCUGCCUACCCCACCACCACCUGUACACCUAGACUACAACUCUGAUUCUCCCCUGCUACCCAAAAUGAAGACAGUGUGCCCGCUGUGUCGUAAAACUAGGGUGAAUGAUACAGUUCUUGCCACCUCUGGCUAUGUGUUCUGUUACCGCUGUGUGUUUAAUUAUGUGAGGAGUCACCAAACCUGUCCCAUCACAGGCUAUCCAACAGAAGUCCAGCAUCUAAUUAAACUCUACUCUCCAGAGAACUGAAAGAGAUUAGCAUAUCAUCUCAGCUCAAGUUCUCUCCUGUAAGGCCACAAGACUGUUUUCAGUAUGGCACACAACACUGACACUUCCCUAAUUCAUAACUACGUUGAUUUUCAGUAACUAUAUGGAUUCCUUUAAAAGGAUGUAUCCACUUGAUCCUAACUUUUUGGUUUGCUCUCUACCAAGCUGGUUAGGCAGGAGAAUCAGGAUUGCAGGUGGUGUGAGGGCCAACGUGGAGGUGGAUUAAAGAUCACUACAAGUGUUGCUUGUUCUCCUCAAGAGUAAGACUUUGAGCUGAGUGUGGUAAUUCGAUGUCUGCACUCAGAUGGAGGCAUGAUUCUGAGUUCAAGGCCAGCUUAGGCCACCAGAGGGAGACUGUCAAAAGGUAAAACGAAAGCGAGAGACUAUGAUUAAGAGGGAUACAAGCUCAGAGGAAAAGGCAGGUUAGACCUCAUCCGAGAGGUGGUUUGGAAACAGGCCUUCUCUUUACAAAGUAUUUCUUUACCUGCGCAGUAGAGGCUUUAUCAGACUGCAUACAAUAUGAAACAUGGACUUCCUCUUUAUAGAAAUACUUAGGGACAUUUUAGAGAAACAACCCCUUCCAUAUACUGUGACUUACUAACAUCUGCUAAUUAUCAAAUUAACAAAUGCUAAUAAUUAUCAGCAUUUGAAGAGUCCUUCAUGAGCCAUACCUGUCUCUCUUGGGAAACAGGUUAAAGAAAAAUAGAGUUUGUUUAUAGGGAGGAGUCUGGAAAUUUCAUGUGAGUGAAAGCUGGCAAGGAAUGGUGAGAUGCAGUAAAAUCCUUACCGAAUGUUUACCGAAUGCUUAUCUAAUGAAUACUUAAUGAGGAGCAAAAGCUUUCUGCCUGCUCUUAUGAGUCUUCUCAAUUGACAGUUUGCUCAAUUGACAUGAAUCAUCCUAUAUAUUCUGAAAGUUUCUAUGAAACAUUUAAGUAAAUUUUAACAAUACAUGAUUCUGGGAAAGAAUUGUUCCAUGCUGUCAUGAUUGUGUGGAAACUCAAAAGAUUAUUUCAAGGGUUUAAAAUAAAUUUUCAUUCAGAUCACC